AUGGCAUGCGCCCCGUACAAGGCACUGUUGGAGCAAUUGGCGGCCCAAGGCCACCUCGACCAGUACAUUGAUCAAACCAAAACACCCACCCGUCAACCUGCCGAAAAUCCUAACCCAAAUGAGCCACGGCCGACGAUACACGUUAUCCACGGCCCAAUGACAAAGGAAUCUGAAACAAGCCUGCAUGCUGAUCUCGAUCGUGCAUCCACUUCUAAGCAGGUACUCGCUGUAGGACCUGGAUCCAAACGUCCAUGUCUAGAAGAAUUGCCUAAGUGGACAAUAACCUUCACCGAGCGCGACCUCGAGCAUGUGCAAACCCCACACUCUGACGCCCUCAUUGUAACUGUCCAAAUUGGAGUCCACGACGUCAAGCGCGUCCUCAUCGAUCAGGGAAGCUCAGCAGUGGUCAUGUACUAUGACUUGUUCAAAAAAAUUGAUCUACCAGAAUCGACAUUGCAACCCGCCUAA